AUGGAUGAAGUGCUAUUCCCCAUUCUGUACAAGAGUAUCGAUCAUUUGAUGCCCAGUGCUUGCGGGAGGGAAUCUGGUCUGCUGGUCUGGGGACGGGAUACAUCAUCCAGCUGGAAUUGGCCUAGGGCAGGUGCUAGCAUGGACUUGAGAUGCGCCUAUAUGCAUAUUCGGAAUUUAGUGGAUCAUCCAGAUGCCACUGAACUUGCACUCGGUCACUGGGACAGAGUAUUUAGAAUUGGAGGGAUGACUCGCUUUGACAGGCAGUCCAUAGUGACAUGGACGUGGAGGCAGCUAUUGGCUUCAGCCGCUACCGAAGUUGUUCCCAUGGAUCGAAUUUUUGGGACACGGCAUCCCAAACCUUGUAACAAGAUCUCUUUCAGGGCCGAUACUGAAGGCCAGGACCCGUAUUCGACGCUUAGCACAAUUUAUGCCCAGAUGGAUGGCACAUGGGGAGUUGUUCGGUGCUGCAUGACCCAGCAUUUCUCCCGUUCGCUCACCUACUUCAUGCCGAGUAACCCAGCCAGUGGAUUUACCCAGAAAACACCAGACACAUGGCAAGAGGAAUAUCUGUCGUGCCAUACAUCGGGUGCUCUUUCAAGUCCCAACCUUAACGGCCGGGGUAGGUCUCAACGUAGCACCUCAGCUUCCACCCUUCACAUGCAACGUGUAGAGGCCAAGGAUUUAGCGAUGCCAUGUACCGCUUUGUACUGGGCUUUCCAGAAAUCUCAGAUACGAUGGCAACCGCUGCGCCUCGUCCCUUGCCUGAAGAAGCCUCUUGGGCCCUUGAGACCCGAUGUACAGGGAGAUCUGCAGGGCUACCUCGUGUUCCCAUCAGGUGAACAAGAAUUGAUCACAAAACGGCUCAUGGGCGGAUUCUCGUGGCCGUCUCAGAUCCCGGGAGGGGCUUGGUGGUGGGAAACUAUAUCCCUCACUAACUCUUCAUGGAAGCGUGGGGAAGCCCGAUUAGUAUUAGCAAGGGUCUUCUUCAAGUACGAUGACUUCAAAGAUCGGCAUCGGACUCCAGUCGUGCUUGAGAUUCCUACUCACACCGGAGUUGCCGUGACUUUGAUGCAGGAAUAUCGGGCAGAUGUAUUUCUUGGAGGGAUCUGUUGGGUUGACAUGCGGGAUGAUGCCAUAAGAUGA